GGUCACACGUUAUCUUCUCGCGAGGUUUGCGAGCGACCAUCUUGCUCCUGCCCCUGACAGACUCUGUUCCAGGUCAGUGGGACGCUAAGACCGCCGAGUGACCCCUCGCUGACCAUGUUGUCCCGGGUGGUACUUUCUGCCGCCGCCACAGCAGCCCCCUCUCUGAAAAACGCAGCCCUCCUCGGUCCAGGAGUAUUGCAGGCAACAAGGAUCUUUCACACUGGGCAGCCGAGUCUUGCCCCUGUACCACCUCUUCCUGAAUAUGGAGGGAAAGUUCGUCAUGGGCUGAUCCCUGAGGAAUUCUUCCAGUUCCUUUAUCCCAAAACCGGUGUAACAGGACCCUAUGUGCUUGGAACUGGGCUUAUCUUAUAUUUUCUGUCCAAAGAAAUAUAUGUGGUUACCCCAGAGACCAUCUCUGCCAUAUCAACAAUAGGGUUGCUUGUCUAUGUAAUUAAAAAAUAUGGUGCCUCUAUUGGGGAAUUUGCUGAUAAACUCAAUGAGCAAAAAAUUGCCCAACUAGAAGAAGUGAAGCAGGCUUCCAUCAAAUACAUCCAGGAUGCAAUUGAUACGGAGAAGUCACAGCAGGCACUGGUUCAAAAACGUCAUUACCUUUUUGAUGUCCAGAGGAAUAACAUUGCUAUGGCCUUGGAGGUUACUUACCGGGAACGGCUGCAUAGAGUGUACAAGGAGGUAAAGAGUCGCCUGGACUACCAUAUCUCUGUGCAGAAUAUGAUGCGUCGAAAGGAGCAAGAACACAUGAUAAACUGGGUGGAGAAGCACGUGGUACAGAGCAUCUCUGCACAGCAGGAAAAGGAGACAAUUGCCAAGUGCAUUGCAGAUCUAAAGCUGCUUGCAAAGAAGGCCCAAGCACAGCCAGUUCUGUAAAUGCGUCUAUCCUGAUCCAGACAGCUAGAAACAGUUGACUGACUAAAUGGAAGCUAGCCUAUGGGACAGAAUCUUUCUGUACUGCGUUCUACUGAAGUUUCAUUUCAUCUUACCUGAAAAUGAAAAGCUUGGGUUCAUAUAGAAAGAGAAUUAAAACAAUAUUUUGGUCAGUGA